AGAUACACAUAGACAGACAGAGUUAUAACUGAGUGAGACCGCAGAGAGACUGGCCCAUAUCUGCAGAUAUACAGCACAUCCACAAUCACCAAAAGUUGGAGUCAUUGUCAUGUUGGUGGUGUUACUGAUCCUGCACGCCGUCUUGUGUGCCCAUUCUCACGGGCUGCCAGGUGCUGCUGUACCCAUUAAACAGUGCCCGUCUGCAUGCCAGUGCGAAGAGGAUGGCAUCCUUCUCCUCGUGGACUGCUCCGAACAAGGACUAUCUGCUGUGCCUAGUGACCUAAGUCCUUUGACAUCCUACCUGGAUCUCAGCAUGAACAACAUAAGUGAAGUUCAGCCCAAUGCCUUCCGCAACUUGCACUUCCUCAGUGAACUGAGGCUCUCGGGCAACCACCUGAGACACAUCCCUGGCCCCGUACUCCAAGGCCUCUACAACCUCAAAGUCCUGAUGUUGCAGAAUAACCAGUUGGAGAGAUUGCCCAGUGAAGACCCAUGGGAAUUACCCAAUUUGCUCUCUCUGCGCCUGGAUGCCAACCUGAUCAUGGAGGUGCCAGCAAGGACCUUCUCAGGUAUGCUGUCCCUGCGCCACCUGUGGCUAGAUGACAAUGCCCUGAAAGAGAUCCCAGUGAGUGCGCUCAACGACCUCUCUUCGCUGCAGGCCAUGACUCUCGCCCUUAACCGCAUCACCCACAUCCCAGACUAUGCAUUCAGAAACCUCUCAAACCUGGUUGUGCUGCAUCUUCAUAACAACAUGAUCUGGACUCUCGGACAGAACUGCUUUGAGGGACUACACAGCCUCGAGACCCUGGAACUGAAUUUCAAUGACCUUCAAGAGUUCCCUGUGGCCAUACACACACUGGCCAAGCUUCAGGAAUUGGGUUUCCACAACAACAACAUCAAGGCCAUUCCUGAGAGAGCGUUUGUGGGGAACCCACUUCUGCAGACCAUUCAUUUCUACGAGAAUCCCAUUCAGUUUGUUGGCGGAUCAGCAUUUCAGUUCUUGCCAAAAUUACACACACUCUCUUUGAAUGGGGCCACUGAGAUCCGAGAGUUUCCAGAUUUGAAAGGAACCACCAGCCUGCAAGUUCUCACGCUGACCCGAGCUAGACUGACUGGCCUGCCAUAUGAUCUGUGCCACCUGCUGCCUAAAUUAAGAGUGCUGGAGCUGUCUCAUAAUCUAAUCAAAGAGCUGCCAAGCUUCUAUCACUGUGCCUCCCUUCAAGAGAUAGGCCUGCAGCACAAUCUGAUCAGACAGAUUGAGAUGAACACAUUCCAACAACUCAACUCCCUGCGCUCACUGGAUCUGAGCUGGAACAGGAUUGAAACUAUCCACCCUGACGCCUUUUCCUCUCUUCGGUCUCUCGUUAAACUAGACCUGACCGGGAACCGGUUGAACACUUUCCCACUAGGUGGCUUGACCAGUCUUACUCAUCUUAAACUGAAAGGCAACCCGGCUGUCUCUCGUUCCUUUAGAGAAGAGGACUUCCCCAACAUAAGGGUAAUUGAGAUGCCAUAUGCCUAUCAGUGCUGUGUGUUUGGAGCCUGUAACAGCAACAAAGCAGCCAGCCAGUGGGAAGAGCAGAUGGGGAGUGAAGAGGAAGAUCUUCAGAAGAAAGCCCUGUCCCUGUUCCCCAUUCACACUGAUAACAACUAUGACCAUGACUUGGAGGAAUUCCAGUUAGCUAUUGAGGAGUCCAAGCUACAAACCAGUAUCCAGUGUACCCCCAACCCAGGUCCAUUUAAGCCCUGUGAUAACCUUUUCGACAGUUGGGUGGUACGCCUUGGGAUGUGGCUCAUCCCUUUGGUCUCGCUGAUGGGAAACACCCUUCUUCUCGUAACAGUCUUUGCCUCCCCCAGCUAUCUCUCGCCUGUCAAGUUCAUCAUAGGCACCAUCAGUGGCGCCAACCUGCUGACAGGCCUGUGCACAGGCACCUUGGCGCUGGUUGACGCCCGGACAUUUGGAGAGUUUGCCUUGCAUGGUGCACAAUGGGAAAUGGGUGCUGGUUGCCAGGUAACAGGCUUUAUUUCUGUGCUGGCCUCGGAAGGAUCCAUACUGUUCCUCACCUUAGCUGCAGUGCAGUGCAGUGUGUCCGUGUCCUGUGCUCGGACCUACGGAAAGUCACCCUCUCUGGGAAGUGUGCAAGCUGCCGCAGUGGCAUGUUUGGCACUCUCAUUAGCGGUCGCCGCUUUGCCGCUAAUAGGUGUUGGGGAGUAUGGGACAACUCCACUCUGCAUGCCGUCACCACUGCCGGAUGGGGAACCCUCCACACUGGGAUUCAUGGUAGCCCUGAUAAUGAUGAACUCCCUCUGUUUCCUGGUGAUCACCGGAACCUACAUCAAGUUGUACUGGGAUCUGAUGAAGGGCGACUUCGACAGCAUUUGGGAUUGUGCUAUGAUCAAGCACGUGGCCUGGCUCAUCUUCACCAACUGCCUGCUCUACUGCCCAGUGGCCUUCCUCACUUUCUCCUCCCUUCUGGGACUCUUUCAUGUGAGCGAGGAGGUGGUCAAAUCAGUCGUCCUAGUGCUUCUGCCUCUGCCUGCCAGCAUCAACCCCUUGCUCUACCUCCUGUUCAAUCCACACUUCCGCGAAGACGUACGUCUACUCUUGAGCAGAGCUCACCUACCCCAUGACUGCAACCUGGAUUCCUUUGCCUCCGAUGAUACUGAGAAAAGCUCAUAUGACUCCACCCAAGCCCUGGUGUCCAUUGCCACUGAAGCGGACACAGUGUUUGAGGGUUCAUUGGUGUCAGCGCCAGAGAAAGUUGCCCUGUUUUCAUGUCCGCCCUCAGUUCCUCUCAUCACAUGCCAGCUGCAGAUUAAACCCUCAACAGAGAGGAAGAACACUGGAGAGAAUAUGGUCAUGUCAACACCAGGACUCAGUGCGAAAGAGAAGGAACAUCUGAGGAUCAGUGGGAUAAACACUCAUAAUGGAAUCUACCACUCACCUCUUCACUCAUCUCAUUCUUGAAUCAUCUCCUAAGUUCUGCAGUUUUCAAGGACCUGUCUGAGUGUGAAAAAUUUUGAGCCCACGUAUGAACUGACCCCUAAAACUAUCAGAGCUAUUGAACAAUGUACUGCCUCUGGUAAUUUGGGACUGUACAUACCUGCAAUUAGUAGUACCCUUUGCUAUCUAGCAUUCUAAAUAAAAAAAUAAAAAAUAAUAAAGGGAGGGAAGGGGGGUGGAGAAAACCCCAAUAUCAUUUUAUGACACAAUCUUGUGGGUCACUCAAUAAUUUAAGCAGCAAGCUGAACUGUGCAAAAACAAAACAGCUUUGUCAUUUAUUUUUCUUGUAACUUUACGUAAUACUGGUAUUACAAAAUAUAGAUUAGGCUUAAAGGAAUGUUCUGUGUUCAAUACAAGGUAAGUUCAAUCAGCACCCAUGGCAUGCUGUUGAUUAUCAGAGAAACCUCAGUUUGACUCAUACCUCAGUUUGUUAAAAGCCAAAAUUACAGUAAUGUUAUACAGUAUAGAGUGUACAGUAAUGCAUUCACAAUGGAAGUCUGUCGGGCAAAAUACUGCACUGGGAUAAACAUUGAAGAAAUAUUCGGGGUUGAAUACAAGUUAAGCUCAAUUGGCAGUAUAUUUGGUAUAAUGAUGAUUACCACAAAAAUGUAUUUUGACUUGUCCCUACUUUUUUUUUUAAACAAAAAUCUGGGUUACAGUGAGGCACCUUCAAUAAAAGUGAAUAUGGCCAAUAGUUAAAACGUUAAAAUACUCAUUGUUUCAAAAUUCUAGCCACAAGAAAUAAGCAAUAUGUGUGUUAACAUGAUUUUAGCGAUAAAAUUGCUUAAUAACAUUUCUGCAUAAAAUUAUAUCCAAUUUUACAACUUCGUUGCCAUGACGACAUAAUGCUGUAAACUCUGUGAACGAUUUAAACAACUUUAUAGCUCCAAUAAUACAGGGGUUUUCACCCUUUAAGCUCGUCGAGAAGAAAAUCAUUAUCAAAAUAUAAAUAACUACAGUCAUGACCAACACAAUAUAGGUAUUGUUUUAAAGCUUAAAAGCUUUAAUUUACAAUGCAUGUAGACACUUUGAAAUUUGCAGACAUAUCAGAAGUGUUCCAUUUUGAUAAUUCAUUAAGAAUUCUACACUGUAUACAGUAUAUUAUUGUAAUCUUUGAUGUACACGUUACAUGUAAACAGGUGUUGCUUAUAAGCCGCGUUCUCACUUAUAAAUUAACAGAACAUAUUUUAUGUUCUGUUUAUUUAAAAAAAUAAAAGGUGGAAGUCAUCUAAAUAUGGCCAGAGAGGACUGUUCACUCUAAUUACAUAUUACCACCAAGAGAUGGCACCAAGUACAUGACACAGACUCAAUAAUGGCUCAAAUGACACAGAAUGGAACUGAAUGAGAUCUCGUUACUCAUGCCUACAUGCUUUGGAGAGAAAACAUACCUUUAGUCAUUGUUGUAUUUGCAUGUGCAAUUAGUACUUAUGUACAAUUAUUAUGUUUUAUUAGUUUAGAGACUUUUAGACACUUGGAGACGGUUUUGGAAACUAGGAGAAAUUAUAUUUGUAAUACUAUAACUUUUGAUCGCUUUGUCGUAUCAACACAAAAUUUUACUCAGUUACAGGUGACAUGAUUGGGAACAAACCAAAAGCAGUUUUUCUGAGCUACCUUAUUUAAACCCGAGAUAUAUGAUGUCAAAUCAGAAAAAUAAGGGGAAAAAAGUACAUUUUUGGAACGUUUUUUUUUUUCUUCUUUCUUUUUCCUUUUUUUUUCAGCAGUUUCUUAGGCUGAGAGUCUCAUAAUUUAUCAUAAUCUAUUUCAUUUUUUUAUUAUUAUUUCUUUAAAAUGAUACCAAACAAUUGACGUUUUUUAGAGCUUAAAGGGUUAACAGAGGAAUGUAAGUGAUUUUAUAAAAUUGUAACCAUCCAAAAAUUGGCCUAUUCACUCUAACAUUGAUUUUAGCUUCUUUUUUUGUUUUGUUUUUUCCUAAAGGUGGGAAGAGUCUAAAUGAAUUUUUUUGUGUUAAUCAACAUUAUGCCACAAAUGCUGUCAACUGAGCUCAACUUGUACUGAACCCAGAAUACUUCUUUAAUACAGUUUCAAAGUAUAGCCAUACAAAUUAUAUGUUAACAACAAACGUGCAGUAAUGAAACCUUCCAAAACGCCUUGCCCCAUAGACUAAAUUAUUGUCUGUGGUAAUCAUUAGCAUGUCACAGAAGCUGUUGGUAGAGAUUAACUUGUUUUGAACCUGGUACAUUCCUUUAAUAAGGAUAAUAUCACAGGGAUGUUUGCUGAUGUAAAGGAGAAAGGUAGAUAUGUAUCUAAAUAUUUCAAUGUGAAAAUUGUCUCAGAUUCUUGUCUCUGUGUACUCAAACGUAUGCGUUAAUUUCCAAGUUUGUAUAUAUCAAAGUCUCAUAAUUGCAUAUUAAUUAUUUGUAAGUCGAAACUUGCUUACCUGCCCCUGGUGAAUAAGAAUAACUUAUGGGAAAUUAAAACACCUGUUUACAUUGGUAAAUACUAUUUAGCAGAUUAAAACCCAGAGACAGGUGCUAAAAUGUAACUGUUUAUUUUCAGAGUGUAAUAUUUUAAACACCUUGUAUUUCUAUUUUUAGAUUAAUUCCACAUGAUUAAGGAAAAGCAAGUGAAAUUGGGCUCAGUAGCAUUUUAUUCUGAUCAUGUCAAUGCUAUAUACAUUAACUGAAGAUAUAAAGAAGAUUGUUCGAGUUCUUUUACAGAUUGUAAAGUAGGCUAGCUAUUGUAUUUGUAAAAUAUAACUACCUCUGAUCUAGCAUGCUAUACUUUUUUCAUCCUGAUUGAUUUAUUUCUAUUCUUUUUUAUAUUAAAUGUAUAUUAAAAAUUUAAUUUUUAUAUUGGAAUUUUAAAGAUCUUUGUACAACAGACACACUGCUCUGGAUGUAAAUAUUUUCAUAUUUCUGUAUACAUACAAUGAAAGAAUGAUUUAAUAAAGUUAUUAGUUUCAUAAAUGUAUGUCUUGAGGACUAGUGAACAAUUCAGAGAGAUGUAAAUGUACAGUAACUUU